AUGUGCCUCGCAUUAGCCACAAAUUAUGAUUAUCAAUUCUCGGUCGCUAAUGCUCGAUGUUUUGCCGAGAAUGGCCGCCUCUCGCAUAUUCAGAAUUCAUUUGACAACGCGUUGGCAAUAAAGAUGAUACAAAGCAGUGCCACAAACGCCGGAUUUUUCUAUAUUGGUCUUCAACGAGUCAAUGAAUCGUGGUGGUAUGCGGAUGAUGAAUAUGGAAUUGAUCCAGUCACUUAUUUCAAUUGGGCAAAGGGUCAACCGUUGAAAGAUGGUGGCGAUUGUGUGAUAAUGAAUCGCGUGGACGGGAAAUGGUAUGUAGCUGAUUGUGGUCAAUAUUUGCCGUAUUUUUGCGAUGUUCCAGCGUUGCAUACACCACUUUAUUGCACAGAUAAGCUAAACGUUGAUAUCGUUUUUAUGAUCGACGCAACGGGAAAUCAGAAUGACACUCGAAUGAUUCACGAUGUUUUAUUUGGUUUUAAUACCGUUCUCCCAACACAAUGGUACCAAGAUCCGUUGAGUUGCCAGUCCGAGAAUCGAUACGAUAAGGAGCAAACGAGAGUCACCGGAAUUGUUUACUAUGAUAGUACAUGGGUUUCGGCUAAUUCUGGCCCGAAUUUCUGUGUGGAUCGUUUCCCUGAGAUUGUUGAUAGUAUGUAUACAACGGGACAACAAAGCGAUUUCGUCUUGGACAUCUCUGUUCCAAUGAACAUUGUUGAAAUGUUCAUGAGUGAUUGCGGUUGUCGGCGAAACGCUGCAAAGUACGGGACUCGACAAAUCAUGAUUUGGAUUCCGAUGAGAGAUGCCUAUCGAACAUCACGCAAUAUCUCAUUGGGAAAUGAGCUUGCUACUUGGGAACAUUACUUGUGGCCAAUUCGAGUAUCAAAGAAAACGGCGACGUUUCCACUUUGGAUUGAUUCAUUGAUGCAAGAGAUUCAAAUGCCAAGCGAUCAUCCCGAAUUCAUUCCCACUCAAGUUUUAACAUUGUGGCGUUUCUUAUGCAAUCUAACCGGCUCUACUGGCGAAACCCCACCGGCACCUUUUAUU